AUGCUACCCACCAUCACCUGGUCCAUCGCCGCCCUCGGCCUAGCCGGCUCGACCGCUGCAGGAGAGUACGACCUGUACACCUUCCUCCUCUCCUCGCCCCUCGAGCGGCGGCAGCAAACGCGCACCUGCAACGGCCAGACGGUCUUCCAAACCUGCCCCGACGGGCGAACGUGCGCACCCUCGGGUUUCUACUGCUGCGGCCUGGCGGACUCCCGAGCGGGCUGUUCCGUGAGUCACUCUUCCGGCCUCACUCUAACCCCAGCCUCCCUUCCGCCCCUGGGCACGGGCGCCAUCCCCGCUCCCAUGCCAACCGGCGGCACCUCCGGCCAACGCCGCGUAGUGAGCACAAACGGCCAGCGUUCCCGUCGCGUCGAGCCUGAAGAAGUCGAGGUCAGCGACGAAUGGGAGCAAACCAUGUCCUGCGACCCCUCCUCGGCCGGCCAGCGCACAAACAGCACGCAGGCCAAGAUGGAAAUGGAGAUCAGCACGGACGUCGCUGGAAUCACGAUCGCGUCUCAGUCUUCCUCGUCCGAGGGCGAGCUGAAACUGUCCCUGGGUGGAGUGGAGGUUGCCAAGGAACAGGUUGAGCAGUUGCAACAGCCCACAGGACAGGGGGGCACGACCACCGGGUGCGAGGUGACGUUCAAAUGGAGCCGGGAGGCGAGUCUGGGUGACCUGAGCCAGAAGCUCGAGAUCAGCUGGACGUGGCCCAUCCUCCAGAAACGCCAAGACCAAGGGGGUCAGUGGGGACAGAUCGACCAGAUUGUGGUGUUUGGCGACCGCGAGGCACUAAAGCAGGUCACGCUUGGGAAGAGCUACAACCCCGACAAUGACGGAGGUGAUGGAGGCUCGAGCUCAACGUCUUCGGGGCCUUCGUCUUCAGGGGCAGCAGCUCCCGCCGAGACCAGUGCGGCCAGUGCGUCGGCGUCUGGGAGCAACACUUCGGUGCCUCAGCAGAGCGCCGUGCCUGCGCCGGAGAGACCUUCGAGUGGCGCACUCGCAACCUGGACCACGGGCUGGGGUGUGCUGCUUGUCCUGGGCCUCGGAGCAGUGCUCGACUAG